CUGACAUACAUUUGUAUCAGCACUAGCCUUGCACUUUCUCUGACAGCUGAACCAACCAGCACACUUUUUCCAGCAGUGCUAGGUGACCGGCUUCACAGCAAAAGGUAUGGAAUCCAGGUUUGAUGCCCAGAAUGCAACAGUAGUUUUCAAUCUAGAAAUGUUUCAUGUGUCUGAAGACCAUGGAUUUCUUCUUCCCAAUCCACUGAAAGAACUCCCUGGAUAUUACCAGCCCUGGAUGGAAAUAGCACUGCAUCUACAUGACCUGAUUGAAAACCAUAAAUUGCAGUCUGAAGUCAACAAGUUGCCUCUUCUGAGGAUCCAGCACUUGAAUGGACAUCGUCAGCUCCGUCUUGCACACCUGAUGCUGAGCUGUAUCACAAUGGGCUAUGUAUGGCAGGAAGGGGAGCACAAUGCUGCCAAGGUAUUGCCGAAGAACCUUGCUGUGCCAUAUUAUGAAGUCUCAAAAGCCCUUGGCCUACCACCUGUUCUUGUUCAUGCAGAUAAUGUGCUGGCUAAUUGGAAGAAAAAGGAUCCUACAGGGCCCUUUGAACUCAAGAAUUUGGAUACCAUUGUGUCACUGCCAGGAGGUGAGAGUGCAGACAACUUCUUCAUUGUUACAGCUCUUGUUGAAAAAGCUGCAAUCCCUGGAAUUAAGGCAGUCAAAGAUGGAAUAAAUGCACUGUUGCAAGGAAAUGAUGAUGUUCUAGUGAGAGCUCUGCAGGAUCUUGCAGCAUCUAUUGCAGAUAUGAAGAAUGCACUGAAAAUAAUGCACGAUCACGUGAAUCCAAGAAUAUUUUAUGGAAUUAUAAGGCUAUUUCUUUCUGGUUGGAAGGACAAUCCAGCAAUUCCAGACGGCUUGCUCUAUGAGGAAGUCUCGCAGGAACCCCUACAGUAUUCAGGUGGAAGUGCUGCACAGAGCACAACCCUCCAGUGUUUUGAUGAGUUCUUGGGUGUUGUCCAUACUAAAGAGUGUGCUGAUUUCCUAAAUAGAAUGAGAGACUACAUGCCUCCAUCACACAAGGCCUUUAUCCAGGAGGUACAUGCUCUUUCUUCUGUCCGUGCAUACAUCAUGUCUGCUGGGAAUGUCAAGCUGACCACUGCCUAUAACUUAUGUAUCACAGCUUUGAAGGAGCUCAGGAAUUACCAUAUCAGUAUGGUUACAAGAUACAUCAUUGUAGCAGCUGCUAAUGUGAAAGCAGAUAAGGUCAGUCAAAACCAUGGGACCAAUCUUCAGAAAACAAAUUCAGUUUUGGAAGAAAGAGGAACUGGAGGAACUGGGAUCAUGUGUUUUCUAAAAAGUGUACGUGACACUACAAAAGCUGCAUUGAUGGUUUAGAUUUCUGGGGAGAUAGCAGUCCCCACUCCCCAGAUAUGAAAUAAUGACAGGAAAUCCUGUAAUAAAGGUUACGUUUUCUGAUAA